CUGCAGGACCAGCGGCAAACGGCGCCUUCGGGGCGGAGGAGAGUCCCCAGAGCUCCUUCUGUUUGUGCCGCACCCCGUACGGUACCUGAGCAGCAGUUAGGGUUUCACACACCGCGUUAAAUGCUAAUAUUUAUUUAUUUGUUUGUUUAUUUAUUUGUCUGUCCAUUUAUUUAUUUAAGAGGUAGGUGAAGAAAAAUAGCUAUAUGCGGCUAGACCAUGCUUUAAAACAGACCUAAAAUGCAUUUUGCCUCGGAAGAAGCAGACGAGAGGACUGACAGUUAAAAGGGCACUAGGUGCAGGAGUCUCGUCUGUGGGCAGGAUCAGCUCCAAAAGUCAAAAUGAGGUCACCCGAAAAAGGAAUUGCUGUAAAGGACCCCACAGCUGUAGAAAGGGCCAACUUACUGAACAUGGCUAAACUGAGUAUCAAAGGACUCAUCGAGUCAGCGCUGAGCUUUGGCCGCACUCUGGACUCCGACUACCCCCCUCUGCAGCAGUUCUUCGUGGUCAUGGAGCACUGCCUCAAGCACGGCCUGAAAGUAAGAAAAUCCUUCCUAAGUUACAAUAAAACCAUCUGGGGUCCUCUGGAACUUGUGGAGAAACUCUAUCCAGAAGCUGAGGAAAUAGCAGCAAGUGUCAGAGAUUUGCCUGGUCUUAAGACACCCCUGGGCCGUGCCCGGGCCUGGCUGCGCUUGGCGCUGAUGCAGAAGAAAAUGGCUGAUUACCUUCGCUGCCUGAUCAUUCAGAGGGAUCUCCUCAGUGAAUUUUAUGAGUAUCACGCCCUGAUGAUGGAGGAAGAAGGAGCAGUAAUUGUUGGGCUGCUGGUUGGGUUAAAUGUGAUAGAUGCCAACCUGUGUGUGAAGGGAGAAGACCUGGAUUCGCAAGUUGGGGUGAUUGAUUUCUCUGUGUAUUUGAAGAGUGAUGAUGACAUUGGGGGUAAAGAAAGAGAUGUACAGAUUGCUGCAAUAUUGGACCAGAAGAAUUAUGUGGAAGAACUAAACAGGCAGCUGAAUAGCACAGUCAGCAGCCUCCAUGCGAGGGUUGAUUCACUGGAGAAGUCAAACACCAAACUGAUCGAAGAGUUGGCGAUAGCUAAAAACAAUAUAAUUAAACUCCAGGAGGAAAACCAUCAGUUAAGGAGUGAAAAUACUCUGAUUUUAAUGAAAACACAGCAUCAUCUAGAGGCAACUAAAGUGGAUGUUGAAGCAGAACUUCAGACCUACAAACACUCCAGGCAGGGCUUGGACGAGAUGUACAGUGAAGCUCGCAGGCAGCUUCGGGAGGAGUCCCAGCUUCGACAGGAUAUGGAGAAUGAGCUGGUGGUUCAAGUCAGUAUGAAACACGAGAUAGAGCUUGCCAUGAAGCUGCUGGAGAAGGACAUCCACGAGAAGCAGGAUACCCUCAUCGGCCUCCGCCAGCAGCUUGAUGAAGUGAAAGCAAUUAAUGUGGAAAUGUACCAAAAGCUGCAGGUUUCUGAAGAUGCUAUGAAAGAAAAGAGUGAAAUAAUUAGUCGAUUAGAGGAUAAGACCAAUCAAAUUAAUGCAACUAUGAAACAACUAGAACAAAGAUUGCAGCAAGCAGAGAAGGCCCAAAUGGAGGCUGAGGCCGAGGAUGAGAAACUUAAGCAGGAAUAUGUGAAUAAAUCUGAAAGUCUGCAGAAGGAAUUCUCCCAGAAGGAGAAACAGCUGUUUCAGCUGGAAACAGAUUUGAAGAUAGAAAAAGAGUGGCGGCAAACCUUAGAGGAUGAUCUUCAGAAGGAGAAGGAAACUGUAUCUCAUCUGAGAAUAGAGACCCAAGAAAUAAUGAACCUUAAAAAAGAGUUCCUUAAACUUCAGGAAAAGAACAAGCAACUGAAAGGGAUUUGUGAAGACCAAGAAGCUGCUCUCCAAGAACUGGCGUCCAAGCUGAGCGAAUCAAAGCUGAAAAUAGAAGAUAUAAAGGAAGCCAACAAAGCACUGCAGGGCCAGGUUUGGUUGAAGGACAAAGAGGCCACACAUUGCAAGCUAUGUGAAAAGGAAUUUUCACUUUCCAAAAGGAAGCAUCACUGUAGGAACUGUGGCGAGAUCUUCUGCAAUGCCUGUUCUGACAACGAGCUGCCCCUGCCCUCCUCCCCCAGGCCCGUCCGGGUCUGCGACUCCUGCCACGCAAUCCUCAUCCAGAGGUGCUCUUCUAACGUGCCCUAA